AUUGAUAAAAAUUUGACUAUAGACUCAAUUAAGAGUUAUGGGACAGGAUAUUCAAGCUUGUGUUGCUGUACUACUUUGGAUCUACCUGCUAAUUUCUCAGUUAUGGGCACAAAGUUUAUGUCCCCCCACUGGAUUUUCUGAUGAGGAAGACAUCUCAGAAGAAAUAGAUUUUUCCAACAAUCAUGACUGCAUAAAUUAUAAAAUAAAAAAUAUCCAUAAUGAGCAGAUGGAGAUCUUGUGGAGUCGUAUCGAAAUGUUUACUAGCAGGAACUUUACAGUGUUUUAUAGAUUUGAGGAACAGAAUUGGAAGCAAUGUGUACAAUAUGUUCAAGAUCAUGGAUACAGUAUUGGUUGUAUUUUUCAACGUGAAGGAUAUGAAUUUGAUAUCUCCAUCAGAGAUACAAAUGGGACACAAGAACUUUACAAGGAUUUUAAACUAGAGAGUAUAAAAUUCUUGAAGCCCAAACCUCCCGAAAAUGUUACCUUCCAUUGGAAACAUGACAAAGUCAUCAUAGAAUAUAAGCCACCUUUCACUCGACAUUGUUUUGUAUUGGAAUAUCAGUACAAAAGUGAAUUUGAUGAAGAUUGGUCUAGGAAAAAUGAAAGCUGCAAGUUUGAAAGACAAGGUUUUGAUCCAGUGAAAUGCUAUUCCUUCCAGUUUAGGCUGAGAUUCAGGUGCAGUGUGUCUUCUUAUCCAAGUGAAUGGGGACCAGAAAUACAUUGGAAAAAUGGCAGUUCUGUAGAUUCCUGUGAAGCUGUUGACUUCAAUCCGGACUUAAAUACUGUUCUCCAGUCAACUUUGCUGAUGGCUGGCCUCCUGAUCAUGACAGCCAUUUUGCUUUAUGUCUGCAGGCUGAAAAAAAUUAGAAAGAUACUAAUUCCAGUUAUACCGGACCCUCAAAAUAUAUAUUCUGAUUUGUUCAAUGACCACAAUGGAAACUUCCAGGAGUGGAUUAUUAAAACUGAGAAUGUGCUGCCUGAAACACAGGUGGAAUGUACAGAGAACGAAUGUAUAAUUGAAGAGGAAAAAGAGGAAGAUCUCCAACAAGCUAAAGUGGAAGCCGUAGCGUCCUGAUGUUAAGAGCCAAGAAAUCUAAUUUGUAUCAUGGUGCCUAACACGUGAUAGGACGUGUCUCACAAUCUCUGCCUGAAGCAACAAGAGAACAUUGACUCAACUGCAGCCACUUUGGUUUUGUACCUAUAGUUUCCUCUCUGUACACUGUCUGCCAUUCCAUUUUAUGAAUUUUAAGCUUAGAAGAGUGUGUUAAAUUAUAUGUGCCAAAUAGCCAUAAGGAUUACAACUGCAAUAAACACAAUAAUUAUAA